AUGAACUUUCUGCACCAUGUUCAGGGGAUUUCUAUUCUCAACGAUGUAGGGGGCCGUGUGUUCGCCAAGUACUACGUCGAUUCGGAGAUGCAAGCCGCUGGUGUGCUGAAUACAAAGGAGAAGCAGCGGGAGUUGGAAUUGACGAUUCACACUGCAGCUCAAGAUUCUAAGCGACGUGGCAGCAUCUCUAUGGAUGGUGACAUCAUGAUUCAUGGAGGUCAUACUAUCUUGCUGCAGGUGUGUGACGACAUCACAUUUAUUGUAAUCGGCGAUGACAAUGAGAAUGAGUUAGUGCUUCAUAGCGUGCUGCGCGCUCUUGUGGACGCGUUGUGCCAAGAACUGAAGGUGUUGGAUCUCAAUCUAAGGUUACUCUUGGAUAAAUACGAUGCGGUUGUGUUAACCGUGGAUGAGCUGGUGGACGAGGGCAUUAUACUUGAGACAAAUUCAAACAACAUUUUCCAAGAUGUUGCUCCGUUCGUUGCAGAAUCCGGAAAAGAGGUGGCCCGCAAGGCGCUGGACAAAGUGAACAAGUACUUCAAGGAGAAUCUGUAG